AUGUGCAACCAACCACGCCCCCAGCUCCUCAACUUCAUCACCGGCAACGCGAACAAGUUGAACGAAGUCCGAGCGAUUCUCUCAGACGUGCCGGGCCUGGACCUGCAGAGUCGCAAUGUCGAGGGCGCGGAGAUUCAGGGGACGAUCGAGGAGGUGGCAAUGGAUAAGUGCUCGAGGGCUGCGAGGGCGGUCAACGGCCCGGUUCUGACGGAAGAUACGGCCCUCGAGUUCCAAGCACUGAAAGGGCUACCCGGGCCGUAUAUAAAAUACUUCCUCCAAGCCCUUGGCCACGAAGGCCUGAACAAUAUGCUCGCGGCAUAUGAAGACAAGACCGCCUUUGCCGUGUGUACCUUUGCGUACUGCGCCGGACCCGACCACGAGCCGAUCCUGUUUCAGGGUCGCUGUCAGGGCAAAAUUGUGCCGGCUAGAGGGCCACCUGUCUUUGGGUGGGACGCUGUUUUCCAAUUCGAGGACGGUCAGACGUACGCAGAGAUGGAGAAAGAGAAAAAGAAUUUGAUCUCCCAUCGCGGCAAGGCCCUAGCCAAGCUGAAAGCCUGGCUCGCCGGCGGUGACCUCGAGCCUUGA